UGUUGCUAAUAAUUUGCUACUGCGUCAUAUGUGUAGAAUUACUCAUAACAGAAAUAAACGUUGGGCGUUAAUUUAAGUAUUGAAAGUUAUUUAAUCCAUUUCACUUUGCAUUUUUUAUAUAAAUACAGUUUGAAGUUCCAAUGAUGGCUGACAAAUCUUCAAAAAAUUUCGAUAGUAAGCCAAAGUGUGGAUCAUCACAACAAGUAUCAACUGAUUCAGCAGAAGUAAAGCAUUAUGCUGAGCUAGGUUUGAGAAAAUUAUCUUCAAUCUAUGGAGGCGCAAAUGAGCUUAUUAUGACGGAAAUUAUCAGCGCGACUCAUCAAGUUGUUGCUGGAUCAUUACAUAAAAUUCGUGUUAAAUAUGGAGAAAGUAAUUGUCUCAAGGGCAAAGCUGAUGAAACAUUUUCACUCGCUGAAAAUAGUCCAAUUAAAGAGUGUUUAAUCACUGCCUGGUCAAGACCUUGGAUAAAAGAAAAUCCCCUUGAGAUCGAAGUUAAAUGUGACUAGAAUAAUAUAUUUGAGACAUUGAGAUUAAGAAAAAUAUACAUUCUAUUGUAAAAAUCUCCUACAUUCAAGAUAAUGAUAUCAAAUGAUGUUAAUGACCACUGGCUCUUCCACUUAAUGUUUUUAUUUUGUUAUUCAAAUUUUUAAAAUGCAGUAGUUAAAUGCAUUUAUUACAUAAUUUUUUUUUUUUUAUAAAAAUGGACAAGAUCAAAGUGUAUAGUAAGGAUUAAUAAUCU